CUUCCGGUGCGUGCAGCUCCGGGAUCCGCGGCGCGGACCGCGGCGAGGGCAGAGGCUGCGGGCGGACCGCGGCUCGCGCAGCCAUGGUGAAGAUCAGCUUCCAGCCGGCGGUGGCCGGUGUCAAGGCCGACAAGGCCGACAAGGCGGCGGCCGCGGCCGCGGCGCCGGCUUCGGCCGCCGAGAUCCUGCUGACGCCGGCCCGGGAGGAGCGGCCUUCUCACCACCGUCCCAAGAAAGGGGGCUCGGUGGGUGGAGUGUGCUACCUGUCCAUGGGCAUGGUCGUGCUGCUCAUGGGCCUCAUCUUCGCCUCCGUCUACAUCUACAGAUACUUCUUCCUUGCCCAGCUGGCCCGAGACAACUUCUUCCACUGCGGCGUGCUGUAUGAGGACUCGCUGUCCGCCCAGAUCCGGACGCGCAGGGAGCUGGAGGAGGACGUGAAGAUCUACCUCGAGGAGAACUAUGAGCGCAUCAAUGUCCCUGUGCCCCAGUUCGGCGGGGGGGACCCUGCAGACAUCAUCCACGACUUCCAGCGGGGCCUCACCGCCUACCACGACAUCUCCCUGGACAAGUGCUACGUCAUUGAGCUCAACACCACCAUCGUGCUGCCCCCCCGGAACUUCUGGGAGCUCCUCAUGAACGUGAAGAGAGGGACCUAUCUCCCGCAGACAUACAUCAUCCAGGAGGAGAUGGUGGUGACGGAGCACGUCAGCGACAAGGAGGCCCUGGGCUCCUUCAUCUUCCACCUGUGCAAUGGGAAGGACACCUACCGGCUGCGCCGCCGGGUCACACGCAGGCGGAUCAACAAGCGUGGAGCCAAGAACUGCAACGCCAUCCGCCAUUUUGAGAACACCUUCGUGGUGGAGACGCUCAUCUGUGGGGUGGUGUGAGGCCACCUCCUUCCGGGCCCGCCCCUGCCCCGUCCUUUCUCCCCCCCAACUCUCUCUGGUCCCCCUCCCUCCCUUCGCUUAGCUUGCACCGUGGGCACCUCUGCAUAGACUGACAAGUCCCGCCCUUUCUCCCGGCCCUGCCCGUCUCCCUGUGCCAGGACCAGGACCUCCGAGGCCGAGCCUUAGCUGGCCUCCCAGAGGGCGGGGUCAGAGGGGACAUCCAGAAUGGUUUUCUGUGGCCUGUCAUCUUAAAGUCAGCUCCCCAGUAUCUGGGCCGAGGGGAGGAGCUAGAGGGAGGAGCAGGCACGGGAGGCCUGGGCAGGGCAGGGGGGAUGGCGGGGGUCGCCAGGGGUCGGUUCUGUACGGUUGGGAAGGCCCAGAAAUGCUUAGACCUUGCAAGCACACGUCCCCCACUGUCCAGAGUUGUGGGGACAGAGGGGUGUGGCCAGGAACGGGCCUGCCACAGCACAAAGGGGGGUGGCCGACCAGGGCCCCUGGCAGGAGCCUGGGGCACAGGCUGGGAGAGGUGGCCAAGCACAAUUGUUCUCUGAGUGGAACCAAAGAGUUGAGCCCGGGCCCCGACCUGGCACGGGAGCACAUGUGGGACCCUACCACUGAGCCGGGAGCAGCAGGGGGUGCAGAGGGGGGGGCGGAGGUGUCAGCUGAGGGCCUGGGCAGUGCGCGGUGCCGGUGGAAGCCAUGGGGGUGCCUGGUACUUGUGCCUCCUGCCCCCUCGUUCUGGGGUGAUGCUUUUCCUUUACCUUCUCACUUUUUGCAUGGUUUUAUUGAUGUCUGAUAUGCUAACUGUCCUGAACCCCAAGCCUUGGAGAGGCUCCGACGCCCCCAGUUAGACUGGGUUGCUCUCUGGAGAGGAGACUCUUAAAUGCUUUGUAUAUUUUCUCUAAUAGAUCUCUUUUCAGAAGUGUCUACAGAAAAUUAAAAAAAAAACCUACUUCUGA